AUGGAUGAUCCAAAACUGAUACCAUCACAACGUACAGCAAAACGAAAAAGUGCACAAUCUCAUCAUAUUCUUCCAUCUAAUGAUGAUCCAACACGUAAUGCACCAUUUAUCAAAACAAAAAUUCAAAAGGUCGAUGGUCAAUAUAAAGUUAGUAGAGUGAAUAAUAACGAUAAUAACGAUGAAAAACUAAAUGAUUUAAAUUCAAAAAACAGUGAUGAACAUUUAUUAUUAUAUAAUCAUCAAUCUUCAGACUUAUUAAACACAAUUAAAAUGAAAGAUGCUUUAUCGUAUAGAACAAAGAACGAUAUAAUCGAUGAUGAUAAUAUAGAAGAUGAUGAUAAAUCUUCCAGCGAAUAUUCUUCAACUCAAGAAAGUAAUUCAUCAAUAAUCAUGAUUCAGGAAACGCCACUACCAUCAGAAUCAUCGACUCAACAACAAUCACCAACAUGCACAUCACUAUCUGAACCGAUUAAUAACAGUAACAAUAAUCAAAAUAAAAAUCUUAAAAAUAGUCAAUCAUCAACAACUGUUGUUUCACGUAAAUCUAACCGAAUAAAAAAAACAGCCAGUGAUUAUGUUGACGCUCAUGAAGCAUUAAAAGCUGUUUCUACAGUCUCCGUUACUUCAAAUGAUUCAAACUCAGCAAUAACCACUACUGCAGUUGUGACAACAACAAACAAUGACUAUUUACGACGUCGUUCAUCGCGUCUCCAUGAGGAACAGGGAGGAGGAGUUGCUUCCAUUACAUCGGAAGUAGCAAAUGUUAGCCAUAAUAAUAAUAAUAAUAAUAAUAAUAAUAAUAAUAUUAAUGACCAAGAAUAUAAUACUCUAAGAACGUCAAAUGUUACAGUAGAUAAACCACGUACGCGAAAUAGACAGAAAUCUAUGAGUAAUGUGAACAAUUUAAUUGAGCAACAUUCUAUGGAAACAGUAAAAUUAGUUUCUGAUUUUUCCGUAUCAUCGGAAACACAAUUAACCUCAUUAGCAAACCAAUCAGAUAUUCCAAUCACUAGGUGUAAUACUGAAGUAUCUAAUGAACAAACUGUGAUAUUGGAUCAAAUUAAACACAGCGAUCCACAAGAAACAGAACAAACCAUAAUUCAAUCAGAAAAAUCUUUACAUAUUGAAAUAUCAAACAAUCAACAAUAUGAUAAGUUAAUAAUCGAUACAAGUUUUUCAACAAAAUCAAAUCAAGAUUUCACGCCACUACAACAAACUGAUUCAGUGAUCGAAGAGAAAACUGAUAUAAGUGCAAAUACUAAUUUAGGUAAACUACUAACGUCUAGAAAUUUUUCUCAAACUUCGAUCAAAGUCACUACAGUUGUCGACGCUGAAGUGGAGAAAAAAGAGACGACCGCAACAAUAUUACCAAAACCACAAGUAAAAUUGAAAUCAAAGACACAGUUAAAAACAACCAACGAACUAUCAAUAGAACCGAGUAAAAUAAAAAACCAACUGACGACAAAAGUCAAUCAAAGCAAACCCAACAAUACUAAAGUCGAAAUUAAAAAUCCAAUUAAAACAACUAAGAAUGAAAAGAAACCAAUUGAUCGUUCUAUUAAAUCAACAAAGCCACCACAACCACCAUUAGGCACUAAAAUUUUAAGUUCUUCUGCGUCACCUGUGCCAACGGCAACAUCUACAAAAAUCUCUGAUGAAAAAAAGCCUCUUGUACCAAAGAUUACCACAUCAACAACAAAUAAAACGCAAUUAUCGUCAAAAUCAUUAAACAGUGAAAGUACCAAUACAAACCGAUCAUUAAUCGAGAAGAAAACAAUUACAAAGCCUACAAAUUCAUUGCCGUCGCAAAAACCAACAAUUGAAAAUACUACUAAAAAGUUAUCUGAUACAUCUAAUCCUGUAGUGACAAAGAAAACAACAAGCGAUAAUGUAAAUAAGAAUUUGAAUCAAAAGACACCUGUCAAGGUUACUGCUGUUGAACAUACUACUCCAACAAAAAGGCCACAAGCGAUGCUUGGUAAAAUACCUAAAAAAUCACAACCAAUAAAACCAUCAAAUGAGACGACAAUUUUUCAUUACAAAAGAUUGGAUGAUGAUGAGAGAGAAAAACGAAAUAUGACAAUCGAUAAAGAAGAUGUAUUAGCCACUGUUAUUGGAAAUAAUUCAUUGGAUCGUAUUGAUAAAAAUUUUCGAAUAGGAAGAAAGAAAUUAACUGAUGAACAACAACAUAAAGACGAUGACAAUCAUUUUCGAUCAAAUAUGAAUGACAACGUAGAGGCACGUUCUAUACUUGACAAUGAUUAUCAUUCAUCCACGACAACAACGCUUAAUUAUUUCUCACCUGAGAGAAGAAGGCAGCGAUCCCCAAACAGAACAUCACCGCCAAUAGCAGUUACAUUAUCCUCACCUCAUUCUCGACGACGUACACGUCAUUCAUCCUCAAAUUCUGAUUCUCGGUCACCACUAUCUUCUUCAUCAACAAAACGCCCUAUCCAAAACCGUCAUCCUCAAUAUCACAACAAUAAUUAUCAUUCUCAGCAUCGCCAAUAUUCAAAAGAGAGUGAACAUGAAGAUAAAUAUCGUUCUCAAUAUCGACAAUCUCACAGCCAAAAAAGAUCAUCACCUCCCCAGAGUCCUUUAUCACCGCCAUCGAGCGACACAAUCAAUAGCCGUCGAUCAAACGAGUUUAAUACUAAUAGUUCACAACUUAUAUCGCGAAACAAUCAUCCUCAUCGACGGUAUGAUCAUGAUCAAUCAAAUCUCUAUUCACGUUCAAAUUCAACGAAUAUUGAAAAUUCAGUUGCUCAGUCGCCUAUCUCUAGAUCUCCGUUUGGCACUCCGUAUUCUCCGCCAAAAUCAUCGUUUAUUAAAGAUGAAACAUUAGUUCCACUAAUAAAUCAACCGUUAGCCGAAGACGCAUUACUGAACUAUACAUCGUUUUCAUCAAAUAAUCCUGUUUUUCAGCCUUCAUUUUCCUCAUCAAAAACGCAAAAGCUACUAUCAGUCACAACGAAUACAAUCGUUGCAGAACCAACAGUACCAGUAGUAGUUGCCGAACAAAAACCUUCAUCACGACCGUUAUCUCUUUGGGAUGCAGCUGAGUCAGAUGACGAACAACAAGAUGAUGAUCAGCAGGCAAAUCAUGCGUUAAGAUUUUUUCGCCAAAAUAUGCGUGCUGCUGAUGAAGAAUUGUUAAAAUCUCCAACCACAGAGGUAAAAAAUGAAGCUAUUUCAAAAUUGACAAAAAGAGGACAUUCGUUAUCUUAUACUCAACUACUAAUGAAACAAGAAAAUAUGUCACCAUCGUCUACAAUCGACUUGACUACAAAGCAGCAAGUAUGUAUAACGACGAGUGUUGAUGAUUUUGAAACUGUACCAAUGGAAAUCGAUAGUCCAAGAUACAGAACAUUAUCAGAUAACGAUAUGUCAAUAGAAAUGACGGUUGAUGACAAAGACGUCAAGAAUAAAGCAGAGGACAACCGCGCAUCAGUAACAAAGCUAAAUUCUGAAAAGAAGGCUAACUCAGAUACUUCGUCUUUAACAAAUCCUAAGAUAUCUUCUCCCAAUGCGUUGCUAAGUGGAAACAAGAAAAAAAACGAUUAUGUUAAUAAUUUAAAAGAAAACCAAUCAUCUUCAUUACUAUCAAAUCAUAAUAAAGCAAGAGCAACAGAUAUUAAUAAUAAACCGCUAAAAACAACAUCAAUGACAUUAAUGGACGAAUUAAAAAAUUCUGUAAAUCCAUUGUCUGUCUCAUCAACUCAGCAAUCAUCAAAUUCUCGUUUGCGAACAUACUCAAGUUCUUCUGUCACAUCUUAUUCAUCUGCAUCGUCAAAAUCUUCUCGUGGUUCAAGAAAAAGUAAGCAUCGAAAAACACACAAACGUCAUCACAAUUCCAAUAAACGACAUUCAAAGAAAAAACCUAGUAAAUCUAUUCAAGACGAUACACAUCAACUUCAGAGUGAACGGAAACAAUCCGCACGUAAUAACAGUGACUAUUAUGAUUACAAUGAAUCACAGAACUCUAAUGAAGAAGAUAAUGACUAUUUUUAUGAUGCAUCUACUCAUUUACCAUCCAAAAUUCCCAUAACUUCUCCUUUAUUACCACACCCAGCAAUGCCACCGUUAUCUCAUCAUCUACCUCACUCAUCAACAAACCGAAUUGGCGAUAACUGGUAUCCAUCUAAUCGUUCAUCAUCAUUAUUUACCCAACCACAUACGUUUCAUCACCUUCGACACCCACCACAACAUCAUCCACAUCAUUCGAUACUUCCGUCACCUCGUGUCUAUUGGCAACCACAGCCAUUCAUGACUCGUCCUCCAUUGCCUGCACACAGGCCAUUCCGUGAACACAUCUAUGAUACUACAACAUCAUCACCGUAUUAUUCAACAAAUGUAAAUAAUAACAAAUAUAAAUACGAGUCGGAAGAACAUUUGGCUAUAAAACGAGCACAACGAGCUGCUAGAAUUGCAGCAGGAACAACGUCUUCUCUUAUUGCUACUUCGAAUGAUAAUUCUAAUAAAAGUUCAGCAACAUCACAAAAUACGCUAUCAGAAGAUAGCGUCAAACAAAAGAAGACAAUACAAAAAGAUAAAAAGAAAAAAUCGAAGAAAAUUAAUAAUGAAAAAGAACGAAUUAUUAAAAAAGAAAAACAGAAACAAUCGUUGUGUCGUUCAAGAACAAAAUCAGUAUCAUCCGUAUCGUCGUCAGAUUCUGUGUCAACAGAAAAUGAAGCAAAAACAGACGAAACUGGUCAAUUAGAGCAACUUGCGUUAAUGCGAGAAAAAUUACUGGCUGAACUGAAACAGUUAUCAGACGGUGAAGAGGAAGACGAUGAUGUUGGAGAAAUAAAAUCAUUGAAACAAAGUUCUACUGAAGUAGAGCAAAAAUGUUCUGUUGAACCAUCUAAAAAAUUAACUGUGCAAUCGAAAACAAAUAGUGAAUUGAAACAAUCUAUCAAUAAUAAUAGUAAAAAGAACGCUGAUUCUGUAAUGGAUGAAACGGCUAAAUUAUCUAACGAUGUCAAAAAACAACAAUUGAACCAGACAAAUAAACCACCUCAGGAUGAUGAUGGUGAAGAAGGUGAACUUGUUGACAGCUCAAGUGAAUGA